AUUAUUAGCCCUGAAAAGAGAAAAUCGGGGAGCGUAGACACAUGCCUACGGAGCGACUGCCCACGAUAGCUAUUUUUCGUUGUUUUGGUGCACUGGGCAUUUUCAUGGGCCCAGGGAGGGGAUAGCAAUCGGGGAAAGACAAGAUAACUCGUGGCGCUUGCAGAUAUUAAUGCGUCCGGCGAUGCUAGCCAGAGCCGCGGCGGACAGAUACUAACUGCUAUGGGCAAAAAUCAUGAAGAGAUCUGGGAGUUUUCGAUUGGGUUAGGGAAACAAUGUUAGAGUAAUGGAUACGUACCUUUAGCUCUUGGGAGCGGUGCAGUGCCGAUGAUGAUGACUCAGUGGGAUGUGGCAAACGUCCAGCAGCUCAGGAGCUAACGAACGAAUGUUGCUUAUUUUUUGCCGGCACACGCAAACAUACCUAUCAAGAACAGGUAUAUCCGAUGCUGGUCUGGGGCUGCUACGACAAAGUAUGAUACUUUUAAACAGCAUUGACUCGGGCAUUUUUAGCCAAGUCGUAUUUAUACCAUGUCCACGAAGUAUGUUUCUGGGAGUAGACCGUUGUUGCGACGUGCGACCGCGUCAUAGGUACUUAAGCACACCAGACCCGACCGAAAACGGAUUUGUAAAUGAAAAUGUCGCCUAUCUCACUUCAACUCCAGAAUUGCUACAGCUUCUAUCGACAUGCCAGCCGGCCCUAUUUUCAAAGGUGUAUCAAAUAGCAAGUAAUUUGAUACCAGGGAAUUAUAUAUUAGAUUCCCACUACUAUAAAACGGCGGAAUUUUUCCUUUCAGCCUCUAUUCACCGUAUGAGCAAGCCCCUCCAACUGACAUAUUUGAUCAAUAAUAUGCCCUAGUCGAGUCGUGAGCCUAGAUUCUCCUUGCUCCCACGUCUCAGUGGGGCCAGUAUCCUUUUCAACCUCUCUAUGGUACUGCAAAAACUUUUCAGCUGUUGACAGGAUCAAUGCCAACCCACCCCCGG